AUGCCUCGAUUUACAGCUCUCACCUUGUCCAACCCGCCCUCGAAGAAGAGAUAUGUCACCAGAGCAUGCGACUCUUGCAGGAAGCGAAAGUCUAGAUGCAACGGCUUAGCGCCCUGCUCGCGAUGCAAGGGCUGCGGCAAUGUUUGUUCUUACGAUAUGCCAUAUACGCGAGGGCAUGCGCAAACAGAAGUGUCCGAUUCCGAGCGCAAUCAAUCCCAGACAAGCCAAGCGAGCAGCCCACCGCCGUACUCGGAGAACUCUGCGUCAGCUAACGGGCUGGCCCUUGAUUCUAAUGCAAGUGAAUUUGCAGAGAUGCCGGUUGAUCAAGGCGAUGCUAGUAUCCAAUCAUUCCUUCGCAAAGUGUCAAGCCACCUGUCACGGGUCGGAAGAAUUAUUCGCAUGUGUGCAUACUUCCAGACAAAGAAACAGCCCGUAGCUAUCUGA